AUGUCCUCGAAAAAUUCCCAGGACAAAAGGGAUUACAUGUGGGAGGGCGGUAAAUGGCCGUCUUUUGCGGCUUAUGUACAUUCUGUGGUGCAGUGCUUUCUGCCCAUAUUCGUAUCCAAAGCAGACGCACGUGCUCCAGAUUCCCACCCGUUUUUGGACUUGCAUGUGAGCAAUUACCUGAUCGGGCUGCACAGUAGGGAGAGGUUUUUCCUCCGCGGCGUGAAUUAUCCUCUCAUGGAGCAGAUCUUGGUAGAUCGCUAUAGUGUAGAUAAGGUGCUGUGUCGCUACGGUAAUGGAGACAUACACCGUCACAAUAACCCAUAUAUUUUUUGUUCAUGCGCAAAACAUGAAUUUGGACAGUCGUGUUCGAUUUCUGCAUGUGCUAAGGAGACUGGGCAUCAAUCACUUUUGUGCCAGAUCGAUCUUUGUGUAGCACAAACCAAGCUAGACCCUAACCUUUUGAUGCCACAGCAAAGGCAUAUGUUAGACAUUGGUUGA